AGAGUAGCCAUUCCAGUGUAGUCGCGUGUCAUAGUUCAUUAUGAUCGGAUUGCUCAUAUUAGUAUUUUUUAUUAUAUUCUAUUGUGUACGGUGCUUUAAAAAUGCGUAUAAACGACCUUCGGACAAAUUUCCUCCAGGACCUCCAAAGCUACCAAUCCACGGAGCCUACUGGAUCGUUGUUUUGAAAAAAAUUAAUAAUUUGGCUGCUUCUUUUAAGAUGUUGUCAAAGGAAUACAAAACUAAAGUAUUGGGUCUCUACUUAGGAAAUUUUGUCACAAUCAUAGUAGACGAUCCCCAUUUAAUUAAGGAGUGCCUCAAUCGUGAAGAAUUUGACGGUCGCGUUGAUUUUUUGGUCGCCCGUCUUAGAUCGUUUUGGAAGAAAUUAGGCAUAUUUUUUACUGAUGGUUACUUCUGGCACGUGCAAAGAAGAUUCUCAUUACGUUAUAUGAGAGAUUUUGGUUUCGGAAGACGUGAGGAAACUUUGGAAACAUGUUUUUCUAACGAUAUAAAAGAAAUGAUUAAUAUGGCAACAUAUGGUCCUAAUUAUCCUGCUGAGAAGGCUAUAAUUAAAGGUGAUUUAAUAUGUCUACAAGAUUAUUUUGCUGUUCCGUUUAUUAAUGGAAUGUUACAUGUCCUCGUCCGAAAUCCAUUGCCAAGAUCUGAAUACAAAGUACUAUGGGAACUUUCUCGAUAUGCCCUUAAAUUUCAAAGAGGCACAAACGAUUUAGGAGGCGCUGUAUCACUUACGCCGUGCCUAAAAGACCUUAUGCCAAAACUUAGCGGAUACCAUGAUUUACGUUCAGGAAACCAGUAUCUGUUGGAUUUUUUUAAUAAAAUUAUUAAAGAUCAGAUGUCUACAUAUGACACGACACAUUUACGUCAUUUUAUAGAUGUAUACGUAAAGAAAAUGAAGGAAGAAGAAAAAGAUACGAAACGUUCUACUUUUUCAGUGGAACAGCUCCAAUUAAUCUGCACCGACUACAUGUUCCCCGCGGCUAGUGCAGUUCAGGCUGUACUUACGUUCCUGGUGGAGCGAUUACUGAUUCAACCCGAAGUUCAAGACAAGAUACACGAAGAAAUUGACCGAGUGGUUGGCCGAGAUAGGAUGCCCUCGUUAGAUGAUCGGCAGAAUAUGCCGUACACGGAAGCUUGUAUCAGAGAAAUUAUGAGAUUUGAAACUCUAGUGCCACUAGGAGUGCUGCAUCGGACUGUGAAGCCUACUACGAUUGACGAAUAUCACAUACCAGAGAAUACAGUUGUUGCUUUCAAUUAUGUAAGUUUACACAUGGACAAGAAAUUAUGGGGUGAUCCCGAAAACUUCAGGCCGGAACGUUUCAUUAAGAACGGAAUAUUGAAUUUGUCUGCCGACAAGUCUCUUCCAUUUGGAUCAGGAAAAAGGUUAUGUGCGGGAGAGACUUACGCAAGGCAGUCGAUGUUCCAAGUAUUCUCAGCGUUUAUGCAAGCCUUUCAUGUGUCAACUGUUACGGGAAAACCUUUGAAGAAACCAGCUCCAAGAAUUCAGGGUAUCAUUACAACUAUCAAGGACUUCUGGGUUAAAAUCACGCCUAGAUCGUAAUGAAAAAAAAUAAAUACAAGUUAGUUCAUAUGCAAUACAUUAAACUUUAUAUUCUUAAAUAUAGAUCAAUAACAUUACACACAGUAAUUCUUAA